AUGGUUCCCAACACCUCCCUCCUUGCCUUCACGGCAGCCUCUCUAAUCACUCUCUCCCAGGCGAACCCGUGCCCACCAUUAGGACCAACGUUACCCUCCACCAAAGCACCAAGCAACUCGACAAUAGUACGACAAACCAUUCUUAAGAUCCAAGAAGGCCUCGUUAACUUCACCUCCGCCCUAAACUAUACCGCAGUCUCCAUUGGCGUCAAAUCCAUACACGAAGAUACGCCCCUAUUCGACUGGCACUACACUCCUCCCGUCGCAGACAACCUUAGCGUUGCAAAAGUCGACAUCGACACCGUCUACCGCGGAGGAAGCAUCACGAAGGUCUUCACAACUCUCACAGCUCUGAAGAAUUCACAGAUCAAGGGGACGGAUCCCGUUACCAAGUACCUACCGCAACUCAAGACCGACGCCGUGAAGAAUGAAGGCCAGCUCAGCUUCAUCCCUUGGGACAACAUUACCAUUGAGGACCUAGCUUCCCAUGUUUCCGGACUGGGUGGUGACAUCGCCACUGACCUCGCCGUCUUCCCCGGUGCCUGGGCAUCAAUGGGCCUCCCCCCCGUCUCCAACGACACCAAGCCGACCUGCUCCGGCCUCCUCGGCACCAAGCCCUGCUCAGGAAAAGACCUCCUCCACGGCCUCAACGAGAAACCCCUCGUCUUCCGCCCCCACACAACCCCCGUCUACUCCAACAUCGGCAUCGCCCUCCUCGCCCUCGCAGUCGAAGCAGCAUCCAACCAAACCUACGAAACCAUCCUCACCGACACAAUCCUCGCGCCUCUUGGCCUAACAAGAACCUCCAUCUCCACCCCAGCAAAGGGCACAGGCUUCAUCCCCCUCCAGGAACCAACUUGGGGCGGCGACCUUGGCGCCUACGCCGCCGCGGGGGGGAUCUACACAAACACCCGGGACAUGCUCACCUUCGGAACAGCAAUCCUCUCAGACAAGGUCGGCAUCGACACGGGCUCCUGGCUGAAGCCGCGCGGCUUCACCUCCUCGCGCGGCUACUCCAUCGGCGCCCCCUGGGAGAUCUGGACCACCUCCACACUCCUCGGCUCAGGCGUCCCUAUCAGCAUCUACACCAAAUCAGGCGACCUCGGCUUAUACACCAACGUCCUCCUUCUCAUCCCCGACUACGACCUCGUCAUCUCCAUUCUCACCGCCGGCGCCGAAGCCGCAGGCACAUUCCAGUUCCCCUCCCAAGUAAUCUCCCCCGUCAUCCAAGCCCUCAUCCCGGCCCUAGAGAAAGCAAACAAGGAACACGCCACCACGUCCUUUGCAGGACAGUACACCGACGAGGAAACCAACUCGACACUAACGCUAUCCAUCGACGACGGUCCAGGUCUGUCUCUGACAAACUACACCGUCCGUGGCUUCGACGUACUCUCUCACAUCCCCAGCUAUGGCGUUGGCUCCAAGAUCCAGGCCUUCAACGUCAGCGGCAGAGUCUACCCUACCAACAUCAGAGAGGGCGACCAGUGGUCAUGGCGCGCCGUGUACAAGAACCAUGAUGAGCCGGAUGUCGGUGAUAAAAUCAUAUACCCCGACGGCGACUGUCAGACAUGGGGCUUGAUUGACCGCAAGACCUACAACUACCUUGCCUUGGACGACUUCACCAUCACUAUCGCAGAGGAUGGGUCGGCCAAGAGUAUUUCGCCGCGACCGUUUGGCGUCACCCUGAGAAAGGCGUAG